GGGUUAGACUAGCGCCCGCCCCCUGUCCCGAAGCGGGCCGCGCCGCGCGCGGAGCCCGGCGCCAGGGAGCAGCGGCCGCCAGAGCCCCGAGCCCAGGCGGGUGCCCCAAGUGGUCGCCCCCCUCUCCCUCUCCUGGGAUGGCCUGGAGGAGGGGGCCCCGGGAGACCCUGACAAGGGACCCUCAGAGCCCGGGAGCCCCUAGCCCAGGGUCCAGAAGUAGGUGGCCCUGAGAAGUCUGAUGCAGGAAUCUGGAGGCCUCAAUUGGGGCAGGGACUUUUCCCAGAGAGUCCAGCCCUGACAUCCCUGGCCCUCUGCCCUUCCCCCGGGCUCAGGGGCUGCUCUCUUUACUAGGUGGCCACAGAGAUGCUUCUCCCAUCCAGCCCGUCGCACAUCUGGCUCUUCCUCUUUCUUCUCUGGGGUCUCCCCGGCGUGGCCCCCCAAGAGCCACCACCACUGCCUCCAUUCCCAGGGCCCGAGUGGGACCUGUUGUCCCCACGGGUGGCCCUGUCGCGGGGGGCCCCUUCAGGGCCCCCACUCCUCUUCCUCCUGGAGGCCUCCCCGGCAGCAGCCCCAGCCAACCGGAGCCGGCGGGAAGCUGGGGCGGGAGCGGGGGCUGGCCGUCGGGGCGAGCUGGCUGUGUGUGACGCCGUCAGCGGCUGGGUGACAGACCGCCGCACGGCUGUGGACCUUCGGGGCCGCGAAGUGGAGGUCCUGGGGGAGGUGCCCGCAGCAGGAGGUGGACCCCUGCGCCAGUACUUUUUCGAGACCCGAUGCAAAGCGGCUGGGGGCCCUGGAGGCGGGGCCGGCUGUCGAGGCGUGGACCGAAGACACUGGGUCUCUGAAUGCAAAGCCAAACAGUCUUAUGUUCGGGCGCUGACCGCAGACGGGCAGGGCCGAGUGGGCUGGAGGUGGAUCCGCAUCGACACAGCCUGUGUGUGCACUCUGCUCAGCCGGGCCACUGCGGGGGGGCGGGCUUAAUUCCAAA